CUCUUUCUUUGAUGCAUUAUAUCAAAAAGAAGUCAAUCGUUUGGUAGUCAGUGAGUAAUCUUUUUCUCCGAAAUUGGAAAAUUAUACGUUCACGCUUUCCUGUACCAUAAUAAAACCAAAUAGUGCAGCAAGUCUAACAGUCGACCAUCACAUAUAUCAGAUACAAUCAGAAUGACUUCUACACCCUUCAACGUUGGUUUGACUGAAGGCACGCGUCUAUCCAGCAGGGUGCUACGCCCUCCUGGCGGCGGGCACACCGACAUCUUCGGUGGGGACCCGGAGCCCCCUCGCGGACGCCGCCUAGCGUCUGCCAUAGCGAUUGCUAAUGCCAACGCCAACGCCAACGCUAAUUCUGGUCAAGGCGACGAACCAGCCAAACCGACAAAUGGGACAGACGCGCCGGCGCAAAACGGCCAAGCCGUCACCCCUGAGUCGCCUCAAGAGCAAAGAGUAGAAUCCGUUCCCGACGUUCAGCCAGAAACACCGACAAACGUCGAAAGCCCAACCAAGACUGAGAGCAAGCCGGAGCCGGCCGUAAUCGAGCCACCAAAAGUCGAAGGCCCGAAGCGCGUACGUCCUCCUGGCGGUUUCUCCUCAGGGCUCUGGUAAGACUGGACAAUGCUAUAAAGCUUAGUUUCGUGGCAUAAUUAAGAUUCUUGCUGGGACCAGUUGAAAUUAGGUUAGCUUCGGUUGUAAUACAUUGUCCGUUGCGGUAUGUACAAUAAUUGUCAUUUGUAUACUUGGCCAUGUAAACCUUCUGUCAUUAGAUAUUAAGUUCAGUUUCGUUUAAUAUCAGUGAUGGUUUGGGUGUCAUAUUUUGUGAUACCUGAUGAAGUUUCAUUCAAUCAGUACAUAAACUCAAUUUUAUAUCGACAACGUGAGAUACAUUGUAAUCUAAUGAAAUUGAAACUUAUGUCAAUAAUGAUGAAGUAAAUUUUAGAAUUGUUUGCUCAAGUUACUUAUGUUCAGAUACAAUUAAAUGGAAUUAUUGUAAUCUAAGUGGUGAUGAAAUACAUUUGGUUCAAGAAACUAGUGGUCCAUUGUGAUAUAUCACCAGAAACACCGACCCCUGCUUCAAUGUUAGUGUUACAGUUAAUUAAUCCGUCAGUCUUACCAACUGUUUCAUCACCACUACGGCUUCGGUCUUUAUUGUUGAAUGCUAGAUGUUUAUUUGUAUUAGGUGUGGGUAACUAUAUAUUUUAGUUACAAUAUCUAUAUAUUGGUUCAAUGACGAAUAUGAUAAAGUGUGUUAUCAAAAAAGUAAUAUUGGAUAACAGAAUUUUAACAUAUUCGAAAAUAGAUAUCCGGCCUAUAUGAGCGAUAUCGAAAUAGGUGAUGAUCUGAUGACCGUUUUUCCGCAGUCAAUGUCCACAGGAACCCAAUAUAUAGAUAUCAGAUCGGUAUCCAUAUUACCCAUGCCUAGUUUGUAUGUAGAUAUGUCGUUUUGUUUAUGCCAUUGGAGUUGCUGGUCCCAAGCUCUUUUUCCCGCAGUGGUCUCGCUUUAGGACAGUACUCGUCUAUUCCUCGCAGAAUGCAAUCCUCUAUUUACUGAACAAAUGUAUCGUUUAACGCUAGGUAUUAAUUAUUUACUUAAAUAGGAGAUUAUUUUUAUUUUAACCCUGUAUUCUCGUUCUAUUCAGCUUGUGGCAAAUCGCCAGACCUUAGCUUUAGAUAUAUCGUCACAAUUGGUAUAGUAUUAUAUAAUAUUUUAGAAAUCUUCUGCCAAAAAUGUCCUAAUCUCGAUUUUUUAUUAUAAGUCUCGUAUUUUCUUAUUAAUAUGUUGUAUUAAUGAGUUACAUAUAAUGAAAUUGAUAAAUGAUAAAUAUUGGAGUGCUUAACAAGGAAUAGGGUAUUGGAUAUUCUUUAUAUGAAUUAAUUUAAUUGCAAUGUACUUUACAGACUGACUUGUGCCUGUUCGAAUUAUAAUGUUGUACUUAAAAUGUUUCCCAAUUAGCAUUUGAUGUUUUGCCGAUUGUUUUUUAUUACGGAUAACAAUUGUAUGCCUACGCUCGCAAUGAUGCGAUUAUGUAUAUUAAUAAUUGUAUUUUUAUAUUGAUUACAGUACAUUAAAAUUUUAUAA